UGCAGAAAUGGAGCAGGCUGUCUACCUCUGCCUCUUCCUCCUUACGCUGACGGAAGAUUCCGUCCAGAUCGAGGACAACAAGAUCCCCAGCUUGUGUGCGGGGCAGCCUGGCAUCCCGGGAACCCCUGGGAUCCACGGCAGUCAAGGGCUGCCUGGCAGAGACGGACGUGACGGCCGGGAUGGAGCCGUGGGGACGCCGGGGGAGAAAGGUGACGUUGGACAGCCAGGACCCUCAGGCCCCAGAGGAGACAGAGGCAGCCCUGGCAUAAACGGGCUAACAGGAGAAAAGGGGACACCAGGAGAAUGUGCCGUAGCCCCCCGUUCAGCCUUCAGCGCCAAGCGCUCCGAGUCCCGCAGCCCGCCCCUGGCCGACCAACCGAUCGUCUUCGACGUUGUCCUGAUCAACGAGCAAGGGCACUACGACGGGAACACAGGCAAGUUCCUCUGCGAGAUCCCCGGCCUGUACUACUUCGCCGUCCAUGCCACCGUCUACCGCAUGAGCCUCCAGUUCGACAUCAUGAAGAACGGCAAGUCGGUGGCCUCUUUCUUCCAGUUCUACGGCAACUGGCCCAAGCCCACCUCCUUAUCCGGUGGCACUCUUGUCCGACUGGAGCCUGAAGACGAGGUCUGGGUGCAGGUGGGGGUGGGAGACUACACCGGCUUCUACGCCAGCGUCAAGACGGACAGCACCUUCACCGGAUUCCUGGUCUACUCCUACUGGCCGAACUCAGCCGUCUUUGCCUGACUGAAAAUGCCUUCCUCUCCACCACCACGUGGUUGGUGAGGAACUCCUGGGUUCCUAUUUUUAAGUCUGCCACUGACAUUAUCCGUGGGAAUACACGUGUUUUCUUAACCCAAGGGGUGUGACGCCCCUGUAGUUAAUGCCCUUAAAAGGGUCUUAGGUUCUUUCCAUUGGGACCAGUACAAGAUGUCUACAAGCCGAGGAGGGAGACAGCUGUGCAAUGGAGAAACAAGGGACACUUGUGUGUUUUGCUGUAGUACACAAAACUUAUCUUUGCUGGUAUAAAGUCCCACCCACCCCCCCACCCCCCAGCCAAACUGACAUGUGUUAGGCCAUUUCUCUGCCUCCGCCGUUCCCCAGCAGACCAAGUAAGCUCUGAGCAGCAUUUCUAGCUCUGGAGUUAGGAUAACUUAUCUCACGGGGUUGUUGUGAGGAGAAAUAAGAGGGGGGUGGUAUUUUGCAGGCUGAAAAAGUGCCAUAGAAUUACUUCUAAAUAAUAAUAAUAUCAGUAACAGGCUUAUUCGUAGGUUGUCCUCUUAAUUUGGACAAAAGUUAGACACAGCAAAAGUACAUGUGUUUAUUAAAAAAUAUAUAUUAAAAACCUUUUUUGUUGUUGUUCAGUUGCACAUGGACCCCGUGGACAAAGUCACACCAGGCCCUCCUGUCUUCCACCAUCCUCUGAAGUCUGCUCAAAUGCGUGUUUGUUACAUCAGUAAUGCUGUCCAGCCAUCUCCUCUUUUGCCGUCCCCUUCUUCCUUUGCCUUCUGUCUUUCCCAGCAUCAGGGUCUUCUCCAAUGAGUGCUCCCUUCUCAUUUGGUGGCCAAAGUAUUUGAGCUUCAGCUUUAGCAUCUGACCUUCCAGGGAACAGUCUGGGUUGAUUUCCCUGAGGACUGACCGAUUGGAUCUUCUUGCAGUCCAAGGGACUCUCUUCUCCAGCACCACAGCUCAAAAGCAUCUAUUCUUCUGCGCUCGGCCUUCCUUAUGGUCCAGCUCUCAAAGCCAUACAUUACUACUGGGAAUACCAUCACUUUGACUAUACAGAGUUUUGUUAGCAGGGUGAUGCCUCUACUUUUUAUUAUACUGCCCAGGUUCGCCAUAGCUGUCCUCCCAAGGAGCAAACGUCUUUUAAUUUCAUGGCUACAGUCGCCAUCUGCAGUGAUCUUGGAUCCCAGAAAUGUGAAGUCUGUCACUACUUCCAUGUCUUCCCCUUCUAUUUGCCAAGGUGUGAUGGGGCCGGAUGCCAUGAUCUUAGUUUUUUUGAUGUUGAGUUUCAAGCCUACUUUUGCGCUCUCCUUGUAGGGGCCUAAAUGAAGCCUCAUAAAUAAUCAGUGUGACAAAGGCAUUGAUAUGUACUGAUGUUACCCUGGCCCUGGCCAGGGGAUUUUACUUGCAUUCUCAGCACCUAAACUGGAAGGUAUAUCUUGGCAACAUUACUGUUUACUUUCCAGUAUAUGUAAUUGCUGCUGACAUAGUAAGGCCAGAAACAUUAGUGACGGCCCCCAACGUUUUGGGUGUGUGCCAUUCAUUCUCAGAUUGCAACAUUCCAAUUUGUGGUCCUGUGCUAAGUGUUUAUUGCCUUAACAAGUGUAACGGGGGGACUUUGUUGUAUGUUGUAAUUUGUACUAUUUGACCUCUGAAGAAAGACUCUGUGGGUUGAAACAUGUUAGGUCAUAGAUGGUUCCUUUUUGUGCAUCUGUCGCUUUGAUUGUUUUAGGAGGCUUCAUUUGCGCCCCUACAAGGUUUUUAUAUGUUUUUGUAAUAAACAUAUGUACUUUUGUCUUUUAA